UGUGAACAGGUCUAAACCAGAUCCUGUCAGUGUAAACAGGUCUAAACCAGAUCCUGUUUUUUUUUUGUGCAGGGUGGCUCCAGUCCUGGGUUCCUCCUCCUCCUCCACCUCCUCCUCUGCUCCUCUCUCGUCCUCGUCCUCGUCCUUCGACCCUCAGGCGAAGCCGUCUGCAGGCUGGAAGGAGCUGCUGAAGAGCUCCGCCCCCUACAGUGACAACCACCAUUACUACAGCGCCGAGUACCCCUGCCGUUACCCCAGCAACACCCCCGGGUCCCCUGCAGCCCUGCAGACCAUCAUCACCACCACGACCAAGGUGUCCUAUCAGCCCUGUCCUAAGCCUCCCGCGGCACUCCCAUCCUACCAGUCAUGUCCUAAACCUCCUGCCGGUCUCCCGUCCUACCAGCCCUGUGCUCCCCCAAAACCUCCAGGCCUCCCCGGCUGCUCCGCGCUGCUGGACGACGCCUCCUCCUCCUCAUACUCCACCGAGGUGAAGGUGACGGAGGAGUCGGGCGGAGUCAUCAAAUCUCUGUCGUUUCAGCCCGAAACUCUGCAGACCAAAACAGAGCGGACAGAUGGCUACGACUACCGCUACGCCUACCCCAACACGUACCGCUACGAUGACUACUGAGGCGGCACCCCCUCCACCGCCUCUGCCGCCGCCAAAACCACGCCAACCCCAACACGUACCGCUACGACGACUACUGAGGCGGCACCACCUCCACCGCCUUCGCCGCCGCUGCUGCCAAAACCACACCAACCCCAACAUGUCCUGCUACAACGACUACUGAGGCGGCACCACCUCCACCGCCUCUACCACCUCCACCGCCUCUACCACCUCCACCGCCUCUACCACCUCCACCGCCUCCACCACCGGCAUCAUGACCUCUGGCACUUCGACUAAUACUAUCAGAGAAAAGCUCCUGCUGCCCAAACAGAGACAGUUUGGAACCAGACCGGUGAACGGCGAGCUGAGAGCGGGAGCUGACAGGAUGUGGAUCACUGGGACAAAACUGAACGAAAACUUUGGUCCUCGAGAAACUUUCUGAGGGUGUUUUCGGAGUACUUUAUGUUCCCAAAGAGAGAUCCCUUUCCUGCCUCCUCUGGCACCCCUCACAGGACAGGAAGUGAAAAGACUGAACUGAAAUUUGAUCUAGACCUCCCCAAUACGGCGUCCGAGCCGACAUACAUCGAGGAGGGAACGCAAAUCUACGAUUCUGUAUCCAUAAACAUGGCGUCACGUGUGAGAGGCGUGUCACGUCCUUUAGGGUCCCCAGGAGAGAGGCGUGUCACGUACUUUAGAGUCCGACUGCCGUCUGUAACUGAGCAGCUUUUUGUGCUCGAUGUGGCUGAAAGCUUCAAACUCGAAUUCAAAUACAAACCCUCAAACUCAGGAUUCAGUUAAUGUCUAAAUACAUUUUUAUGACAGC